AUGUAUCAGAGAGAAAUGGCUUUCAGAGAAAUUCCUAGAGUCAUUGUAGAGGUUAUUUGGAGAGAACCCAAAACUCUUCGUUGGUUCUCUUUCUCCUGA